CUGGGAGAGCAUCGGCCCUCAGAGGCACCUCUGGGAGAGCCAGCUCAGCUCUGCUCUGCCCGCAGUCUCUGCCCGCCUAGCCCGUCGGCUCCGACCGCGUCUCUGCCCGCAGCCUCUGCCCGCAGCCCGGCUCCGGCUCCCGGCUCCUCGCUCCGACCAUGACCAUGACCAUGACCAUGAUCUCGCUGCUGCCGGCGCUCCUGCUGGCUGCACGUCUCUGCGCCUCGGCGCACACCCCCCCGCCGCUGCCCCCGCCGUGGCGCUGCGCACCCUGCCCGGCCGAGAAGCUGGCACUGUGCCCACCGGUGCCAGCCUCGUGCCCAGAGCUCGCCCGGUCGGCGGGAUGCGGCUGCUGCCCCCUGUGCGCCCUGCAGCUCGGUGCCUCCUGCGGCGUGACCACUGCACGUUGCGCUAGUGGGCUCAGCUGCCGCCCCCCUCCCGGGGACCCACGACCCCUGCGGGCCCUCACCCGCGGCCAGGGGCUCUGCAUGCGGGAAUCCGACGCCCUGGCCAGCGCCGAGACCACAGGACUCCCUCUGGUCAGCCCGACCUCUGCCAGGGCUCCUGAGCUCGCCCUGCAGGAAGACAGCCUGGAGGCGAGAGCAGCUCCAUUCCCCAAUGCCCAUCUUGCCUGGCCACAGGAAAAAACUGAGCCUGCUGUGGAGAACACGACCCCGGGAAGCUCUGAGGUGGCCCAGGAACAGCCCCUGCGCACUGCCCUGCCGGCUACUCCCUCGGCUGAGGACCUGCCCAUUCUCUGGAACGCUGUGAGCAAUUAUGAGAACAUCCGAGCCCGCGGGAUCACCAACAUCGAGAAGUGGAAGGAACCCUGUCGUCAAGAGCUCUAUAAAGUACUGGACAGAUUAGCCAAGGAGCAACAGAAGAUUGGCGAAGAUCUUCACAAGUUUUAUUUGCCCAACUGCAACAAGAACGGCCUCUAUCACACCAAACAGUGUGAGACCUCUCUCGAGGGAGAGCCAGUCCUCUGCUGGUGCGUUUACCCUUGGAGCGGGAAGAGGAUUCGGGGGUCCAUGGAGACCACUGGGGACCCCAACUGCCAUCAGUAUUUCAACUCACAACACUGAGAGCAGAUGCAAGCUUUUAUAUUUCUUCACAUGAAAUAUUUAAGUAUACAAUACAUUUUAUACUCUUGAACACGUACCCGCUUACAUACGUAUAUGUAUGUGUAUAUAAGGGGGCACUAUUUUGUACUGCACGUAUUACCUGAUAAAUAAAGUUGCAGAUAUUUAUUCAUGUGA